AUGACUCUCAACGACAUGGAAAAGACUCCAACGAACAAGGACCCCCCAUCCAUCGUCAUGGGGUCGGUGCGGGACAUGACGACCAACGAAUCCUUGAAAACCAUCACUCGCAAAGUUGACUACCAUCUUUUCCUCGACAAAGUUCUCAUCAACUAUGCCAACAUCAUGGGCCUUUCAACAACGCUCAAUUUCACGGGAAAUGACUUUUCGUGGAUGGCCACGGCUUUCUUCAUCGGUUUCGCAGUGGCCGAGUUUCCCCAAGGCUUCCUCAUUCAAAAGUUUCCCGUCAGCAAAGUCCUCGGCGUCAAUGUGAUUCUCUGGGGCGCAGUCAUCUGUUGCUCUGCCGCGGCUCAAAACUUCCCUGGGAUGACAGCUGCAAGGACGCUGCUCGGCAUGUUUGAGGCAGUCAUCUCUCCUGCACUUAUCAUGAUAACAUCGCAAUGGUAUACCAGAAGCCAAGCCACCCCAAGAACUGGCAUCUGGUACUGUGGUCUUGGCAUUGGGCAAACCGUCGGAGGUCUCAUUUCCUUUGCGGCUCAACAUGGUAGCCGAGUCGGCAGCUUUGAGGGCUGGCGUAUCAUGUUUGUAUCGGUUGGGGCCUUCAACGUGCUGGUUGGCCUUCUCGUCGUCUUCUGGAUGCCCUCGGGUAUAAAAGAAGCCAAGUUCCUCUCCGAACACGAGCGGCUCGUGCUUCGAGAGGCACUGAGUGCUGAUCAGGGAGGAAACGGCGCCAAGGUCUUUCACGCUUCUGGUAUCUGGGAUUCCAUCAAGGAUCUACAGGUCUGGCUUCUCUUCCUCAACACGAUCCUCAUUGUCAUCCCAUCUGGCAUUAUCACAACAUUUUCCGCCACACUCAUCCGCGGUUUUGGAUACAACCCGAAACAAGCAGCUUUGCUGAACAUGCCCUCUGGCCUGGUAUCGGUAGCUGCCACUUUGCUCAGCGCAUUCGCCAUCCUGUACCGAUUCCCACGUUGGCUUGCCAUUUGUCUCCUUAUGGUUCCCACUCUUAUUGGAGCAGGACUGAUGUCAUUCUAUCCGGACAGCCAAGCUGGCUCCCUCGCUGGUAUCUAUUUGAUCAACUUUGACGUGGCACCUCUGGCAUUGAUCUAUGCCUUGGUGGGAGCCAAUAUUCAGGGAUACACGAAGAAGGUCACUACGAAUGCCAUUAUUGCAAUCGGGUUCUCCAUUGCUAAUAUUAUUGGCCCUCAAACAUUUCAGGCCAGGGACGCACCAGGCUAUAUUCCAGCCAAAGUCACCGUGUUCUGUGUUUGUGGUGGAUCCGUCGUUGUCAGUAUUUUGACCAGGAUUCUCUACGGCGUACGAAACAGAAAGGUCAUGGUGGCUCGAGACAGUGGUGAGGUUGACCGGGAACAGGCUCCGGAGUUUCUCACUGAUAGGAAUAACCCGGACUUUUUCUAUGUAUAUUAG